AUCAAAUGCCUCCAGAUCGCAGGUGGGAGCUCUUAUGGCUGUUCUCCUAGCGGAACGUCGCUUCUACAGAAGGAAAGCACGCGAUCGGCCUGUGGCUCGGAGUCUUCCGUGCGUGAACCGCUCUCCCGUCGGUGAGCCGGAGCACCUCGUAGGUCAACUGAUCUCACGGUGAGGCACACUUGCAGAUCUUCACUAGAAUGAAUGAUUCAUCACUGUCCUCUUUUGUGCGUACGCGUAGCUGUGUGUGGAGCAUUCGCCCGACCCAUGGCGGUGAUUGUCUCUCACCCGUCACUGCAGCAGAGCUUUGUGCUGUUUCUGGUGGGGCCUCCACCUCCCCAAUAUCUUCGCCGAGGCUGAAUGAUCUGACGCGAGUUACCGGACGCGCAACCUCUCAGCAGCACCCGGUGGGUGGCACUGAAUGAUGGGUCGAUCUGAACGGACGCUGAGCUGCUUUUUGGUAUGUGCAAUCAAUCAGAUGUGGCGCAUUGGCAAUGGCUGGCACCGGAUGAUAAAUGCAUCGAAGGAGGAGGAGGGUGGAGUGAGUGAGUGAGUGUAUUGGUUACUGCUUCUAGUGGGGCGUCGGAACACAUGCAUACCAGGCAGAGAGCGGUGUGUGUGUGUGCGUGCAUGCGUGUGUG